AUUUCUGCUCUAUAAAUAUCAAGAGACUCAGCGCCAAAGUCUCAUCUCAUCCCAUUAUCAUAACCUUCUCUGACUUUUUGCCAUCCCUCUUUCUUCAUUGAUCAGCUGCAAAACCUCAAUCAUCAUGUCGCAGACUGUGGAGCUGAAGGUUGGCAUGUCAUGCCAAGGCUGUGUGGGAGCUGUUAAGAGGGUUCUUGGAAAGUUGGAUGGUGUUGAGUCAUACGACAUUGAUCUCGAGCAGCAGAAGGUGACCGUGAAAGGCAAUGUCCAGCCUGAUGUAGUUCUCCAGACUGUUUCGAAGACUGGCAAGGCGACUGCCUUCUGGGAAGCUCCACCAGCGGAGGCGCCAGCUGCCAAGGCAGCAGAGGCCGAGGCGCCAGCAGCUGAGGCACCAGUUGCUGAGCCAGAGAUAAAGCCUUCGGAGACUGUUGCUGCAGCAUAAAAUUGUAACUCUGCCUUACUAGAUUCUUAAGUACUAUAUGGAAGCAAAGAUAUGGUCUGUUGUAUUCGACAUAUGUAAUCCCUAAUAACUUCUUGCACGCUGCUUCUGCUUCACCGUGUAAUGUGCUUUUCCUUCUUGUAUCACAAGAGAGAUGUUUAUCUUUUAUUUAAGAAAUUGAAAUAGUGGAUUGGAGACAA